UUCUCGGGGAACACCUCAACAACCGAAGGAUCAGUGGGCGCAAGGUAUCUCGUUGACUUAAUUCCUUCUUGUUGAUUAUCUACAUCUAUCGAAUUAGGGGUUUAAAAUCCAAAACAAACCCUAAAAUCAGCAACAAAGUAAGAGCGAUGAGGAGAGUGUUCGGCGUUAAGAAAGACAAAGAACCGCCUCCUUCCAUUAAUGAUGCUUCUGAUCGGAUCAAUAAAAGAGGUGAAACAGUGGAUGAGAAGAUCAAACGGCUCGAUGGGGAACUUGCUCGAUAUAAAGAACAGAUCAAGAAAACCAGACCUGGUCCUGCUCAAGAAGCUGUGAAGGCUCGAGCAAUGAGAGUUCUUAAGCAAAAAAGAAUGUACGAAGGACAACGUGACAUGUUAUACAAUCAAACAUUUAACCUAGAUCAAGUUGCUUUUGCUUCAGAGGGGAUUAAAGAUGCUCAGCAAACAAUGACAGCUCUGAAAUCAGCAAACAAAGAGUUGAAAGGAAUGAUGAAGACUGUGAAAAUUCAAGACAUUGAUAGUUUGCAAGAUGAAAUGAUGGAUAUGAUGGAUAUUAGCAAUGAAAUACAAGAAUCUCUUGGUAGAAGUUACAGUGUGCCAGAUGACAUCGAUGAAGAUGAUCUCAUGGGUGAACUUGAUGCUCUAGAAGCCGACAUGGGGCUGGAAACUGAAGGCGAAGGGGUGCCUUCAUAUCUCCAACCUGAUAACGAGCCCGAAGAGCUCAACCUCCCUUCAGCUCCAAGUGGACAUGCUGGCAGAGUUAACAAUGAGGCUGUGGACGAACUUGGUCUACCUGCUGUCCCUCAUGCAUCACUUCGCAGUUAAGUGGGAGCUGUGGGCUUAUAUUCGUCAGCUGGGUUUAUGGCGGUACCGACUUUUUACCACCUGUAAACAAUAGUGUGCAUACUCUGAACAGGGUUAAGUUUACUUGCUGUCAUUUAGGAUAUAAUGUAUAUGGUUUUGUUGACACCUCUAAAUAAUUGAUGCUUUAUUCAUUGGAUCAGUUUCUUUUUCU